GAGACACUACACAAAUUAUACAAGUGGUGGAGGACCAAGAACUUCAACAACUUCACGUUCACGACGAUGAAAAUCCUGCACGACUUGCUUCGUCUGUAGUUGUAGUUCCACCCGUUCUUCCUGCCCCUCCAGUACCACAAUGGCGACUUGAGCUACCGUUUGCGAUGUACUCGCUUUUUCAGAUCAUGAAAGUGAAUGAUAUCAAGACCGUGAAUUUGGUAAAUGUACUAGUAGCUGCCUCGACUAGUAGCUCGUCUGAGAGCAGUAGAAGUACCACGGCUACCACGGAAAAAUCACUCGACAACCAAUUUCCUGACAUAGAGUUCACAAUCGCGCAGUUCUUCGGCUCCUAUUUGAGGAAGGAAAAGAUGGACAUCAUCCUUGAAAAGAAGAAAGCAGAAAAUGAUCAAAUUGGUGGAAAUAUUACAGCUGAACAAGAUACUGAAGAAGAAGAAGAUGUUCUUCUUGAUAAACGGGGUGACUUGAAAUUCCAUUCGCAGGAAGAAAUCGUUUCAGAAGAAGUAAACGGAGGAUCUUUCAGUGAAGGGGAGCUGUUAAGGUACCGAGUGCUAUUGCCUACGGUGAUCGUUCAACAAGUAGACGCACUUCCGAAAAACGCGGCGAUCGAGAUAAACAUCAUUCGCAGUGGGAGGGAACUACCCGCAGG